AUGAUUCCUGUAGUCUUUCGUCAAUCAUUUCUAGAAAUAAAUAAUGAGUAUUUCUAUCUGGUGGUGUUGAUAAAACAAUUAGAUUUUGGUAAAGAUAGAAUUAAUUUUAGUUUCAAUAAGUAAUCACUGACCAUUUAAAUGAAGUAUUAUCAUUAAGUUUAAAUAACCUUGAAAGCAAACUUAUUGCAUGUUCAAAGGGUAAAUCAAUAUUUGUAAUGGAAAAACCUAGUUUUAAUAAAAAAUGGUGUAUUAUACAAAAAGAUUCAACUAGAUUAAUAUGGCCUUCGAUUACAUUUGAUUAAUGAUUAAUUAUUUAUAUUACAACCUUAUCUCCAAGAAAAAAUAUUGACCUUGAUAUAAAUAUAAAUUUGUAUCUGAAAAAUAAGAUUAUGCUCUAUCAUGUGACUUAUGCUAUGAUAGAUAAUCCUUUCCAAUAUAAAACAAUUAGCUAAAGCAGUUUAUAGUGAAAAAGAAUGGAAAGAGUAUUAAUGUAAUGAUGAUGAAAGACAAUGGUGGAAUUGGAAUUGAGUAGUUAAUUGAAUUUAGAAGUUGUGGUAAUUAUGGGUAAUUAAGCAAAGAUGGAAAUUAUCUAUUACUUGGAAUAGUAGUUUAAGACAAAUUCAAAUACAUAUAUGCAAAGAGAAAUGGGCAAUUUUUAGUUAUUUAUAUUUUAAUUUAAAUAUUCUUAUUUAACUUUCAUUAAUUUUGA